AUGGCUUUCCUUGCGGAUCAGUUCAUCCCUCAGAUGGAAUCCCCCAAUGAGUGGGUUGACUUCGAUCAAUUCCUCGAUCUCCCAACAGGCUACGACGACCAGUCGACCGCUACCACCAUCUCGCCUCAGGACUUGGCUCUGCCCUACGAAAGCGAUGAGAUGUUCACCUCUCCAGCCGAGCUCAUGCAGCCCUCCUUCGACAUGGCUAACUAUGAUAUCCCACAAGAGGACUUCAUGGGCCUCGGAGGGUUCAUGCAAGACCCGGCAGCUCCUUUGUUCGACGAUGCUUCAUUCGUCGGAUACAACCCAUACGAUAGCUGCAACGCAUUCCGAACCAUGGUUGAGACACAGGCCGCUGCCGACCCGCGUGUUGCGACCGUCAAGGAGAAGCGCCGCGAGGCAGCAAUUGCGCUGCACUUGCAGCGCCUCUGCGAUGCCACUGCUCUUGACCUUGACAUGUCCAUGUCCUCAGACUCUAACACUAGCUUCUCUUCCCCCAGCUGGUCUGACUACGUUCGCGCAAGCACUUCGCCCCGCCCUAGCCCAGAGAACACCUCUACCUCUGAGGCACCCCCGCCGGGAGGCAUAGAGAUGGUUCUCGACUUGAACAUGAACGCCACUUCCAACGUGCCCAAGAAGCAAAAGCCCCGUUCUCAAGCCCAAAAAGAGAACUACAUCAAGGCUAGGAAGUACGGCGCUUGCGAGAAGCACAAGAAGCAACACAAGCGAUGCAACUGCCUGGAAAAGGCCGCGGCACGCGCUGGUGUCAGCGACCUACCCACAACUGCCGCUUUCCAAGAACGGCCGACGCGGUCGAUGCUUCAAGUGCCGAUUCUUCCAGAGGCACGCUACGCGGGCUCGCCUGGUCACGACCCAACAUCUCAAAUCCCUCAAGCGCUCCCGUCUCUGAAGAUGAUUCGGAAGCCGACAAGCAAUUCGUCUGGUCACGACGUAUUAACCAGACUGCCCGUUGUCCCACAGGAUAUCGCCAGAACGAAAUCUCAAACGAGUACUUCGCCUGGACUCGACACUGUUCCACCUGGUGUUCCAGGUUUCAAGAACGUGUCUGGUCACGGCGUGGUCUCAUCACCAGGCAAGCUGACCAUGAAAAACUCAACCCCAGCACACAUCAAGACUGCUCCACCCGGAAGGAACACCGCGAACAACUCAUCCGCGACUCACGAUACUGUUUGUUCUGGCCGCAACGUUGUCGUCGCUGGCAAGAACGCUGGCAUCAACUCUUCAUCGGGACACGACAUAGUAACCCCAUCUGGCCGCAACACUGUUGUCUCUCACAAGAGCGUUGUCCGCAACGCAUAUGCGGGACACGACACAUUAAUCGUCGGCAAGAAGGUCUCAAACACCGCCGGAAUAGACCAAGGUCACGACGCACGCAAUUACACCACGCCACAAAACGUCCGGACAACUUCGAGCGAAUCAUCGAGGCUUCGCUGGCGCGUCUCCACGUCCGCGUCAGUUGGAGUUGUUUCUUCAGCAAGAGCAGACACCACGUCGACAUCGACGAAUCUCCCCACCACUGGUGUUUAUUGCACCCCAAGCUCGGAUGCUCGCCGAUCAAGGACUGUCCGGUCUUCAGGCGCGGGCUCGAAAAGAUUUGCUCCUGGCAGUAUCGCUGCAGGCCUUGGGAUUCGCGAUUGCGCAUCCCCAGCGUGCAACCUUGGAAGCGAGGUCGUGCGACCAGAACGCAACAGAGACUCGCGUGGCCUUGCGAGUCUCGCAGUCCGCUCGGGUGUACAAUCUGGACCGAAGGAUCAAGUGGCCUUGCCCUAUGGGCUUGGCUCACCAGAUGCCUUUGGCAACUGCUCACCUGACAACUUUGGACCCGUCGUUCUUCAAUCGCUUGCCCGGCCUAUUCGUGGCAUGCUUACCAGAACUGUUAUGGCGGUUGCUUGUGCUUGGCACUCAUCGCUGUCGUUCACUUCUCAGGCUGAGAGUGUGACACUCAAAUGCCUGUCUUUGUCUGGCCGGUACCUCAUGUCUGCUAAAAAGGGACUGCAUCUGCUCGGAUUGCGGACAUAG